ACCUGUGCUCAUAACAUGUCGGGGAUUGAAAGAUGCUUGAAAUCACAAAUGGAUGGAAGUUGAGAAACUUUAAACAAUUUCGGCCAGAAACUGAUUUAAAUAUGGACCAAACUAAGGAUCUCUCGUGAGCACCAAGAGAAGAGGUGGCUUUUGUUCAACCUGAGUCUGCUUCACAAACCAACAGCUUGACAGCUCCUCUUCACCGCCACAAUGCCUGUUCAAGACCGAGAGCCUUCCAAAGAUUUAGGGGAUGGACGUACCGUUCAGGGUUUGCCAAAGCUACCGCUGCCUGACCUGAAAGACACAUUGGACAUGUACCUGAGGUGCAUGAAGCACCUGCUCACUGAAGAGCAAUUCAACCAGACUCAAAAGACAGUGAAGCAGUUUGGAGCCCCUGGAGGAGUGGGAGAGCUACUGCAGAGCAAACUGGUGGAGAGGCGGGAGAAAAAGGCAAACUGGUUGUAUGAUUAUUGGCUCAAUGAUAUGUACCUGAACAACAGACUGGCUCUGCCCAUCAACUCCAGCCCUGCCAUGGUUUUCCCACACCAGAACUUCAGGGCUCCAAUCGACUCUUUAAGGUUUGCUGCACACUUAAUUUCUGGAGUUUUGGAGUACAAGACUCUUCUGGAUGACCGUGCUCUACCUGUGGACUAUGCCCGGGGCCAGCUGGCUGGAACUCCUCUCUGCAUGGAGCAGUACUAUCGCCUUUUCACAUCUUACCGUCUACCGGGGCCUGAGAGGGACACACUAGUGGCCCAGGAGAGCAGCGUGAUGCCAGAACCUGAACACAUAAUUGUGGCUUGUAAAAACCAGUUCUUUGUUCUGGAUGUGGUGAUCAACUUCCGCAGACUGAAUGAAAGAGACCUGCUAACUCAGCUGCAGAAGAUAGUGAAGAUGGCCAAAAGUGAGGAGGAGCAUCUCCCUCCUAUAGGUCUCCUUACUUCAGAUGGACGGACAGAGUGGGCAGAGUCUCGCAGUGUGCUAAUAAGAGAGUCAACCAACAGGGACUCACUGGACAUGAUUGAGCGUUGCCUUUGUCUCGUCUGUCUGGACGACGCGGGCGGUCCUGAGCUAAGUGACACCACAAAGGCCACGCUGAUGCUCCACGGCGGCGGUGCGACUAAGAACGGGGGCAACCGUUGGUACGACAAGCCAAUGCAGUUUGUUGUAGGAGCUGAUGGCUGCUGUGGAGUCGUGUGUGAACACUCCCCUUUUGAAGGAAUUGUCCUCGUGCAGUGCACAGAGUAUCUCCUCAAAUACAUGAUUGGUAGCCCGUCUAAGCUGGUCAGGGCUGCAAGUGUGAGCGAACUGCCUGCACCACGCAGACUGCGCUGGAAAUGUACCCCUGAGAUACACAAGCUCCUUGCCUGUUCUGCUGACAAACUCCAAAGAUCGGUGAAAAAUCUGGACAUGAACGUCCACAAGUUUUGUGAUUAUGGGAAAGAGUUCAUCAAGAAGCAGAAAAUGAGUCCAGAUGCCUACAUCCAGGUUGCUUUACAGUUAGCAUAUUACCGCUGUCAUGGCAGACCGGUGUCGACCUAUGAGAGUGCUUCUAUACGUCGCUUUCAGCAAGGGAGGGUAGACAACAUUCGCUCAGCCACACCUGAGGCCCUGGUUUUUGUCAAAGCAAUGACUGAUGGGAAUCUCAGCUCAAGCGACACGGAGAAGCUGGGAAUGUUGCAGACUGCCAUAACCGCACAGACAAAGUACACCAUCCUGUCAAUAACAGGGAUGGCAAUAGACAAUCACCUACUAGGACUACGAGAAAUCGCACAGGAAAUGAAGAUGGAGAAGCCAGAAAUCUUCACAGAUGAGGCGUAUCUCAUCAGUAAUCAGUUCAUUCUCUCUACAAGUCAGGUCCCAACUACUGUUGAGAUGUUCUGCUGCUAUGGACCCGUGGUUCCAAAUGGAUACGGCGCGUGCUACAACCCUCAGUCAGACCACAUCAUCUUCUCUGUGUCCAGCUUCCGAGAGAGCCCUCAGACGUGUUCAGCAGAUUAUGUAAAGUGCUUGGUGCAGGGUCUCCUGGACAUGAGGGAUCUGUGCAAUAAAUGCAACUCUGAUCCAGCCGAGCAAAGGAGCCGCCAGACGCUGGAGAUGCACACGCAAACAGAAACAACCCCGGAAGAGAAAACGCAGCAGAGGCCGUCUGAGCCGACAAAGAGUCAGCAAACGCUCCUGCAGGUUCUGGUAAGGACUCCAGACCAGACCUAUGUGGAGGCCCAGACCCAGACUUCAGCACAAAAAGAAGCUAUGAAGAAUGGGACUAAAUUAUAGGAAACUGUCAGUAUCUGUAAUAUUAGUGUUGGUGUGAUUUUAAAUAUCUGCUUUUGUCCAGCAAUAGUUUAUUCCUCUAGACUAGAGUCUCACACAGAACCAACACCAUAACUGUGAUACUAAAUGUUAUGUAGAGGUGUAUUAUUACAUAUCAGAGUCUGUAUUUUAUUAUGAUAAUCUAAUGAACUUAUAUCAAAGGUACAUUAUUUUUAUCAUUUUUAUGGCUGUUGUCUAUAUAGAUAUGAACAUUAGAAUCAGAUUUAAGCUUUGAUUGUUAUUUGCACAAAACUGAAAUGCAUCAGCCAAAGAAAAGAGUGAAUUUAUCGAUAGAUAACCAGGCUACAUGUCUGUAUUGCUUGGUAAAUGAACACACACAGCCAGUUGGUUUGACAGAUCAGAGACAACGAGUGGGAUUUGACAAAUGUCUAAUGCCAACUUGCAAAAUGUAUGCUGCUAUAUUUUUCCUCAAGACAGUGAAAAUGCAAUCUUCUGUGAAAUUUCUAUGCGCUCUGUCCUUAUUAAGAGAAUAUUAUACCGACAAAACUUGUUGUAUCAUUAAAGUAUUUGCUUAAAAAAUGUAUGCUUGUGUAAAAUCCAUCACCAGUCUGUUCAUACUGUGCUGUAUUACUGAGACCUAAACUGUGUUUGUGCAUAAUCAAUAGAGUCAAUGGAAUUAAUGUGCGAUUUUAAAAGAAUAUGUUUUCAUUUGAAAAUGUUAUGUUCAUCAAAAUGGUGUGUUUGUACAUUUAUGGGCAGAAUAUACCUAAUAAGUUAUUUAUUUUUCUAUUAUGUAGCCAAAUGUAACAGCUUAUAACAGUAAGUUUUAAAAAUAAGUAUAUGAAACUUAUAAACCAGAGAUGAUUACUGUGUGUAAAUGUCGAAUUAUGGUGGUUGUAAAGAUUUGUUGAAGAUUAAAAGAUAC